AUGAGGAGACAGUCGUACAGCUCGAAUUUGAAUGUCGGAAGCAGUGGCGAGCCUCAGAUCAUCGUCGAGGAAAGCACAUUGGGAGAAGAGGAAACAGAAUACCAGAGGAACGAAUCUCCUCCGCGUUGCGUGGAUCCCGAUUCGCCAUGCUUGAAUCCUCAUCUAUUGUCCCCUUGGAGAGAAGUAAGGAAGCACUCACUACCGACUCCGCAAUGCACUUCCGGGAUAACCGCAUCACAGGUGAGACGAUUGAGCGAACGUGGCGGAGAAGGAUCAGGACCAUCGUCAAAAGAAACUGCUUUCCUAUCUACCCUUUGUCAAGUGCCAGCCCCACAGCUAGGUGGUCGAAGACACUCGGUCGUUACGAUUUCCAAAGUGCCGACAACUUUGUUUGGUCGAAAUCGUCGCGAAUCAAUCGGCGCUUUUCCUCUGGGCGGUGCGACUAGAAUAUUGCCAAAUCGUCGGGACUCGGACACGAAAAUCACGAGACCGCCGAGCAGCAGUGGAAGCACGCAUAACCUUCAGUUGGACAUUAUGGACGAUAUCGCGGAAAUAAAAGCAAGGAAGGUCCGUUUAAAGAUGUACAAGACCUCGACAGAGCAGGUGUGCGAGAUCCAAUCGUUGGAAGGUAACCGGUCCACUCAGCGUUACACUAACUAUCCGAAACGACGAUUCUCUGAGAUGCCUGUCCCCUCGGUAUCGCCGACAUCAUCCCUGCGAAGACGCGGCUCGGAAGUGCCAAGAUUCUCAAACGCUUCCAUUUCUGGCGCAACCGGCAUCGUCUGCUCCAACACCGAUCUGAUAUCGAUCCUCAGCUCGUUGGCGUCUUCCGCUACGGAGAUCAAUCAAUGCGGCGAGGAAACGGCGAGUUUGCGGGACGAGGGCAAACUGAGCUGGUCCGGGAAAACAUCCGAACAGAAGCGAAGUCGAUUGAAAAGUUUCCGUUCGAACAGCUUCGACGUGUCGAUACUUCACGGAGCUAAAAGUAAGCUCGCUGGCUCGUCGAAGGCUGCCGCCUCGACCAUCAUGGCACCGUCCAACUGGUUCACAAAGAGGCACCAGCCGAUGUCGAAGAAACAGAAGCCAGAGGAUUUAAUAACGGCCAGCUUAAACUUCAAGUUUGACAAGUCGAAGGUUGUGAAGGCGGUCAAGGAAACGUUUAGCAAAACGUCCCCUGGCACUGAUGUUAGGCAUAAAGUCAUGUGGGACGACGCCAGCGGGACGAAAGUAGAUGCUCAGGUAUUGGGUAACGCGAUUGAGAAAAUUUUAACAGCACAAAGAGGGAGCGAGGCAGAGGCAUCCGGAUCGAGCGGAAAAGCCUCGGUAUCACCGAACAAACCAAAAUCUAGCAAAGUGGCAAGUUGGUUUUCAAGCACCAGGGACCAAGAAGAAACCGAAUCUUACGAAUCAUCUAUUUGUUCUUCUCUGAAGGACUUAUUCACCAAUCGUACAACUCAAAUUUGAGUGGGAGAAGUAAUGGCGAAUUUCAGAUCGUUGUCAAGGGAAGCAUAUUGGAAAAAGAGGAAGCAGAAUACCAGAGAAACGAAUCCUCGCGUUACUUGAAUUGCCUAUUGAAAAAUAACCGCUUUAUUCAACGUGACACUCAUUAUUCGAAACGACGAUUCUCUAAAGUGCCUGCUUCCUUGCCAACGUCUUCUCUACGAACAUGUGCCGCGGAUGUAUCAAGACUUCUGAAUGUUUCCGGUGUAACUGGCAUCAUCUAA